UCUGCCUCGCGCGCUCGCAUUCCGCGGGCCGGCUUGGAGCCCGGUCCGGAGCCGGCAUGGAGUUCCCGGCGGCCGCAGCGGAGCUCCCAGCGGACCAACCCCUCGAACGGCCCGGCGUCUUCUUGCGACGCGGCGGCCUGCGGGGCCUGCGGGGCGCGUUGCCCCCGGACCUGCGGCGGGAAGCGGCCGAGCUGGCGGCGCUCGCCGGCCCCGUGUUCCUUGCACAGCUGAUGAUCUUUCUCAUUAGCAUCGUCAGUUCCAUAUUCUGCGGACAUCUGGGCAAAGUCGAGCUGGAUGCUGUUACGCUUGCUGUCUCGGUUGUGAAUGUUACAGGGAUAUCAGUUGGAACAGGUUUAGCUUCUGCUUGUGACACUCUGAUGUCUCAGUCCUUUGGAGGCAAGAACCUGAAACGUGUUGGAAUCAUACUUCAAAGGGGAAUCCUCAUCUUGCUGCUGUGUUGCUUCCCUUGCUGGGCCAUCUUCAUCAAUACUGAGUACCUCCUUCUGCUCCUGAAACAAGACCCUGAAGUUGCCAGGAUAGCCCAAAUUUAUGUGAUGAUUUUCAUUCCUGCUCUUCCUGCAGCAUUCCUGUUCCAACUGCAGACAAGAUAUUUACAAAGUCAGGGCAUCAUCAUGCCCCAAGUUAUUACUGGAAUUGCAGCGAAUAUUGUCAACGUGGGCAUGAAUGCCCUCCUACUGUAUGCCCUGGACCUUGGAGUGGUAGGAUCUGCCUGGGCUAACACCACCUCCCAGUUCGUCCUGUCUGCUCUUCUUUUCCUUUAUGUGUGGUGGAAAAAAAUCUACGUCGACACCUGGGGAGGUUGGACGAGGGAGUGCUUCCAGGAAUGGGGCUCCUACAUCCACCUGGCUAUUCCCAGUAUGUUCAUGGUGUGCAUCGAGUGGUGGACCUUCGAGAUUGGAACCUUCCUCGCAGGGCUGAUUAACGUGACAGAGCUUGGAGCACAGGCUGUCAUUUAUGAACUGGCCUCUGCAGCUUACAUGGUGCCUUUUGGCUUUGGUGUGGCUGCCAGUGUCCGAGUGGGCAAUGCCUUGGGGGCAGGGAAUGCUGAGCAGGCGCGGUGCUCCUGUACCACUGUCGUAUUGUGUGCAGGUGUUUGUGCACUCGCAGUGGGAGUUCUGCUAGCAGCUUUGAAGGAUGUGGUUGCCUACAUUUUCACCAGUGACAAGGAUAUUAUUUCCCUUGUGAGCCAAGUGAUGCCGAUUUUUGCUCCCUUUCAUCUAUUUGAUGCACUUGCAGGCACCUGUGGUGGAGUGCUGAGAGGUAUGGGAAAACAAAAGAUCGGCGCCAUCUUGAAUGCCAUUGGUUACUACGUUUUUGGUUUUCCAAUCGGAGUAUCUCUGAUGUUUGCCGCUAAACUUGGGAUAAUAGGUCUCUGGUCUGGACUGAUAGUUUGUGUCUUCUUUCAAGCCCUUUUCUACUUGAUAUACAUCCUGAGGACAAACUGGAAUAGAGUUGCAGAACAGGCACAGAUUCAUGCUGGGCUAAAAGGCAAUAAAGAGACUCUACCAACCCCAACAGAUCUCCCAAGCCUGGAAAGGGAAGCAACCGAUGCAGUGAUUUUGCCUGAUAUCAUCAGACCAGAAAGCCAGACUGUCCAACUCAUGGCACUGGAAGAAAACAACCAGUACACAGUGCCCACCAUUGGGGAUGUCUUGACAGUGAGGCAGCUGAUAUUCUAUCGUGGAAUGGCUUUAGUUGUUGCUCUUGCUGUCCUUUUAGCAGGAAUUUUAGUAAGAAUUUUUAAUGACCGUGGAUAAAAUGGAAGCAUUAUCACCCAUCUACAAACUUGAACUGAUAACCAUAUGUCAUGGAAAGUGACCUUGUUAUAUGACCCAUUCUUCACUGUGGGUAGAAAGGAUAUCGGUUAUUCCAAGAAACUGCACCACUGGAGUUCAAGAAAGGGACGAGAAAUUUUGUUUGUUUCUUUCUUUCUUUUGGUGCUGGGGAUAUAAACCGAGUCUUGUGCGUGCAACACUUGCUCUCUACCCCUGAGAUAUACCCUUUGCCCCCAGGAGCUAUAUAGUUUAAAGUAUACUUUUCUCUGUUAACUUUAUCAUGGUUUCUAAAUAUGUAAAUGAUUUUUCUUACUGUGAAUGUUCUUUACUCUUUCUUAUAUUGAAUAUCCUUCUCCUUUCAGGAAAGUGACUCAUUGUCAUAUAAAAUAUUAUUAAUCUCUUUGUAUUUCUCAGUUAGUAUAAUGUUUUGAUAGUGUCUAUCUCAGGUAUUAUCAUAUAAACUUUUAUAAAAUAAAUACCUCAAAAUUUAAAAUGCAUGUUGACACU